AUGUAUGAGAACCUCCUGAAUCAUGAUCCAGAGAGUGAAGAUCCUGAUGUGGAGAAACCAACAUAUGAAGGAAACAAGCUUAAAUGUGGAUGGAAAGUUAUUGGAACUGAAAAUUUAGCAACCAGUAAUGCCAAAAGUAAGCAAGUUCUGACGAACUGGGUCGAAUCAAAGGUAGCGUCUCUGUUGUACACAAAUGAAAUCUUGUAUGACAAAGCAGGAAGCGUGGCAAUGACCGCAUUUGACAUUGCUACAUCCAUUGGGGGAUCUGAAGCAAUUGUUGAAAGUUUCUACAGUGUUAUGGACACUCAACGACAAGUGCGCCAGCUGCAUACCACUUUGGAAAACCGAACCAUACUUGACUGGGCUACAAGCAACAUGCUAAAUCUUGAAGAUGUUAUUUCAAAGGCCGCUAAACUUUACGUUGAUGGAUCAUCAUCAUUGAAACUACCACGUCAUCGUGUCAGGGUAAUGAAGAAAAAGACAGAGAAGUCAUACAAGGCUAGUCAGGUUCUGACGCGAAUGAAGUCAGAAAAGGGACGCUAUUCAUUCCUGUCAUGAAAAGUAAUGAAUCAUUAAAGUGCCUAUGACACGAAAUUUCACCCCAAAGGUUUAUGGUUGCAUUGUAAAGAUCACUUAAAAUGACUUAAUAAUUUCUUUUAUAGAAUUUUGGUAACUUGCUUCCUUUUCAAGAUAUUCAACUUUGUUUCGUAUGCAAAUAUCACUGGUGUGACAUCACAUCACAUAAUGAGUUUUCAGAAAAGUAUAGUUUUCUUGACGAAUACGUAUCUAAAAAACUUAAAAAUUGCCCUUGUAUAUGUAUUUGUUUCAUAACUGGUCAUUAACCCUCUGUAUUUGUUUGUAAAAAUAUUUUAUCAAGGUAAAAUAUUGCGUUUGCAAAAUCUCAUUAUGCUAUGUGAUGUCACACCGGUGAUAUUUGCAUAUGAAACAAAGUUGAAUAUCUUGCAAAGGAAGCAAGUUAUCAAAAUUCUAUAAAAGAAAUUAUUAAGUUAUUUUAAGUGAUCUUUUCAAUGCAAUCAUAAACAUUUGGGGUGAAAUUUCAUGUCAUAGGCACUUUAAAGAUUUGUUGGCUGCUAACAUUUUAAUUAUGUACCAAACUUUUAACACCACUUUGAACGGUCAAAUCCUCUACGGAUAAAUUUGACACUUCAGAUUUAACAAGUUCACAUUAUUGGAUUUUUACAAUAUUAUUGGAUAAAUUAUUAGAUGUUUAAAAUCAUUCAUUUGAUGAAAUCUUUAAAACACUAUUGUUGUAGUUUAGAUAACAAAGAAAAACAUUUGCGUAAUACUACAUAUUUUUAAUAUCUACCAGUGCUCUGGUGUAUAACAACUAAAUAAUUGGCAAAUUUGCCAAAUUCAGAAAUUCUGACCUUCGUUGCUAGUACACACUUGUUAUCCCCCCCCCCUCCCCCCACGAAAUCGAACGUGCACAGGUCAGGAGCCUGCUGGCCAUGUGCACAACAUGUGGUGCACAACGAAAAUUGCGUUUAAAUUGUGCGGUGCACAGAAAUGUUACAUUCUAUACUGGGUGUACUGUAUGAAAGCCAUUUGCCUUGCAGGCCAUUUCUAGGAUCAUGCAUUUGUGUCUGAGAUUUAUUAGUGCACCAGAGCCCUUGGAUUAUUAUUAUUUAUUUCACCCAUAAACAAUAGUAUUUACAGAUUACAGUAUAUACAAUUUUUAGAUAAUCUAAAUUAAAGUUUGGGCUAGUAAUUAUAAUACAUGUUUCGGAAUUUAAAUUUCAAAUCACUGUAUUUACUAUAAUUAUAAUAAAUAGCAAUGAAAUUCAAAUAUAUUCAAAUGAGUUCAUUAAUCCCCGUGACAAUGUGCCCGGCAUAUUUUCAAAAUACUCAUUAAAUGCUUGGCAGUAUAGAAUUUUGUAGUUUUCUUAGAUUAAACCCCCUACAAAACCUUACCCAAAACCUAAGCCUAAACCCAACUUCCAUCAACCUAACCCUAGAAUGUGAAAAGGAGUCAGAAAAACAGUUUGAAGUCAUUGAAUAAAAGUUAUUGAACCAGACUCCAAUCCGCGACAUGCAGGCCAGCCAUUGUAGGCACUUACUAAAUACUGUGUAUUGUAUGUACUGUACACAUGCACAAUAUUGUUUUAGACAAUAAUGCACUGCUAAAAAUAUUUGAGAUCCUGUGACAAUACUAUAUGCAUGUAAUAUUGGGUGAUACUCAGUGACAUUGGGGUCCAGAGUAAGCCUUUAAUGCAGGCUAGCCAAAAUGGCAAAAUUCCUUGCCUCCAUGUGAACAAAUAAUAAGCACUCCCUUACAAUAAAAAAGACCAUGUUGAAUAACCUGGAGUAGACAUGGUAUCGGUGGGAAAUUUACAUAUUAUGUAGAGUCCACAGCUGACAUGCUUACAUGUUGCAGGAACAAAUCUUUUUGUCUGAUUUUAAUGCUUUCUAAUUUUCAGGUUAGAACAUUUUAAUAUUUUGAUUGUUCAGUACAAUCAUACUAUUCUUAUUAUUAUAGGGAUUACAGCUUUUAAAGUGGUGUUUUCCAAUACUAAUUUUAGAAUGAUGUUCGUCGUAAAAUAAAAAUUCUAUCGGAAUCACUGGAUGAUGAAGUUGCUCUCAACAUUAACGAAAGGUAGUUAUAUCAUACCAAGAUAUGCUUUUUGUGGAAACACCACAUAUUGUAAAUUAUCUUUAAAAACUCAAUAAUUCAUAAAGAAAAGACAAAGGAAAUCACUAGCAUGUCGGUGGUUUUAUAUCUGAUAAAAAAUCCUGUAAACUUUAGCUUUGAUUUUCUCGACUUAGACAACGUUUAUUUUUAAAAUUACUUCGCUAAUAAACUCGUAAGAUGGGUCGUUUUUUAAGCCAUUUAAAACACUCGCAGUCCGUGCUUUAUCAGAUAUAAAACUCUCGGCUGUCGCCUCGAGUUUUAUAUCUGAUAAAGCAAUCCUGCUCGUAUUUUAAAUAGUGCUUACAGGGUGCGAUAAUUCGCGUACUUACGUACCUGUACCGGAGGUACGCCAAUAUUACGGUCUGGUACGUCUUUGUUUUCAGCCAGGUACCACGUAGGUACACAGACCUCUCACUAUUUGCGUACUUACAUUUUGCUGGUACCAAAAUUAUUGGACUGAUGGGACUAAGGCUAAGGAACGAGUCGAUUCUAGUGUUUGUGUAUGUAGUUGUCGUCCUUCUUGUUCUAACUCGUGGUUUCAGGUUACUGAAUUAAUACCUUUCAGAAACCUGUACUUAAUUAUGUACUUCAUUUUACAGACUAAGUACACCAUCUCAAGUACGCAGCAAUAAUCAUUGGAGUGCCAGUCAGGUACGACUAAAAAUCUUGAAUUGUUGCACCCUGCCUUACCCAAAGCUUUCAAUCUGUAAGCCUGGAUCAUGGUCAGUGGAAAUAGAUUAUCAAUACUACAAUGCUACUAAUAAUAACAACAAAAACCCUUCAAACAGCCUCGUAAUUGGCCUAUUUUUGCCUCGGCAAAAUUGGGGAUUUUUUGCCGGGGCAAGUAAGAACAUUCUGAAUAUGCAUUCGGCAUUUAGUUCGGCAAUUGCCGAGGCAAAUUACGAAGGCUGUCAAAGAACUUACAGUAUAUAUUAGUUAUACUUUACUGGUAUGAUACAGUCCUGUACUGGUGCUUUAUAAUAGAUAAGCUAAUUUGGGAUUCAAAGUCACUUUAAUUACGUUCAUGCAUGUAAUCUGUAUUUUUCUCAUUUUAGUUCUGAAUCAGACCAUAAUCUUGCCGUUUGCCAGCAGUUCACAAAUGAACUAUUUUUGGAGUAUGGUGGACAAGAAAAAUGCCCUUGGACAUGCAUUAUUCAAAUAAAAGGUAUACAGAAUAGAGCUAAGUAUAAUAAUUAAGCCGCCACACUGUUUCCUUAAUUUUUGUUUUACUGAUGCCAGACAAUUUUACCAAUCUUCUCACAAUCUUCUUGACAUAAAGUUUCAUGAAGGCGAGCCAGAGGGGUCAGCAUUGCAUUGCUUACACUUUUUUACAAGAACCAGUACAAUUUUGCCAAGGCUCAGUGUUCUUAUUUCUUGACCAAUUUCAAGCUCAAAAUCUUAUUGGUUCUUAUCUUACACUCGCUUCAGGAACAAAAAACCUGACAGAAAGUUAAAUUAAAUGUAUCAUCACGGUAGAACUUAUCCUUGACACUGGAAAAAAUUUUGAAAAUCCAUAGAAGUCCAUAGAAUGGAAAUUGUAUGGACCUUUUUUGAAAAUAGCAUGGAUUUUGAUUAUCCAUAUUAAUUGUAUAUUUCCAUACUGUGGAUAUAAUAUCGAAACAGGGGUUUCAGAAUGAUUUGAAGUAGGCGGUUGUACCAAAAAAGUAGCCGGCUGUGACUGAUAGUUAAAAAAACGCGCAGGGAGGGGGGGCACCCUCGCAUGGAAAUUUAAAAAAUUUUCGCACGCAAAUUAACAAUCAAAUAAUAUAGAAUAAGUGAUAAGAUAAAGUACAACUGUUCACUUGUUAGAUUUAGAUGUCAUUUGCAUUUAUACUUGUAAGUGACAAUGUACUUUAAUGUGCUACUUGUAGUUUGAUCACAAAGGUGUUUGCUGUCCGGAAAAUGAAGACGCAAUUUACAAACAAAAAUAUGCAUAUUCUGCGCACAGACAUAUUACAGUAGCUGAGCAGUGGCGUAGCCAGCCCGACAAUUUAGUCCCGCUAUGCAAAUUCAAAAUUAUUAUCAUUAUUCAUUUCUUUAGAAACUGAUUGUUUUCAUAGUCAAUGAACAUGAAAAUAUUUGCAUAGCGGGACCAAAUAGUCGGGCUGGCUACGCUACUGUAGCUGAGUAGCAUGCCGUGCCGUAGGAAGCUCUUUUUUAUUAGGGGCUGAGAAAGAGGGCCGCAGGCCCGAGGAAAUUUUUUAAUUUAGAGUCUCUGAAAUGCCAUUUCCUGGACUUUGGGGAAGUUUAGAACAGAAUUCUAAUGGUCAGAAAACAGCGUUUUAGCCUAUGUCGAAAUUUACAAUUUGUUUACAAUUUAGUAGUACUAAAUGGGCGAAGGCGUAUUUAAUUAACUAUACUGUAUAUUGCAUGGAGAAGUUGCAGGAAAGUAUGGGUAAUAUGAUUCUUUGCAGUUUGUCAUGGAUAAUGUAGCCGCUUAAAAUUAAUCAAUUGUCGGCAGUAUUUUAAAGGUAUAUUAUUUAAAUGAUAAAGGUAUGCAUGCAUAUUUACCGAUUUACGAUUUGUUAAAUGUUAUUAUUAUAUAUCAAUAGUCAAAGUCGCAUUUUUCUAGUGUUUUAUUGGUUGAGAGCAUAUCACGUGAGAGUGACGAAAUUAGGCUGUCUCCCUCGCAACAGCGCGAGAGGGAGAUAAUACGUUAUCGACCGGCGAAUAACAAAAAAAAUCACGUGCACCAUCACGUGAAGAUGCGACCUUUGGACAUGCCUAGUACGUAAUUAAAACUUUCGCUUUAAGUAACUGCAGUGUAGCCAGUGUUUAAUAUAACGUUUUAACAAUAAAAUGUUUCAUGUGUUCACGUUCAUUUGUUCUUUAAUUUGUUGUUUCUGUGACUAUUGAUAUAUAAUAAAACACUUAUUUACGGAGACCUCGGGAAAGCCGUGUGUUUUGUGGACCCUCGACCGUCGAUGUUUCCCUCGGCUUCGCCUCGGGAAACAUCGACGGUCUUGGGUCCACAAAACACACUGUUUCCCUCGGUCUCAGUAAAUAAGUGAUAAAUAUCCAUGUAAAUCCAUGAUUUCGUAAAUCAGUUUAUACUGACAAUACAUUAAUACAAUACAUAAAAUAUACUAUUAUAUUUUCUCUGUUUAACAACUAAAAUUUUGUUAUACUAUUAUUGCCGUAAUUUUCCGAAUGGCCAACCCGAUUUUCCCAAUAUGUUAAUUCUAAAAAAGUUGGGGGGGGGGUUAAAUCCCCCCCUCCCCUCGCUACGGCCCAGAGUUUUUCACUUCAUUACUUUAUCAUAAUUAAUUCGUUGUCGGAGAAUUAGUCACUUGCCAAAACCAUUUACCAAAGUGGCUCUGGAGGUUCUCUGGCUCACUGUCACAUUCCCCAAUGGCAAUGCUUAAGUCACUGUCAGAGUCAAUCAGAGUUAUCUUCCAGGAAGAUUCACUUCGACACCAACUUAGAAAGCAAGCUAUGUUUGGUACUAUAUAUUAUUGAUCUUAUUGAUCUUCCAAAAUAAGUGAUGUUUUGCUUGAAUUCCAAUUGGAACAUAACAAACAUCGUGUUGGUUCGCUUGUACCUUUGUAAAUAAUUUUUUUUCCUGUGACCAGACGAAAAGUAGCCGGCGGUAAAAGUUCAAGUAGCCGGCGGAACUCCGCCGGCUUAUUCUGAAACCCCUGCGAAAUGGUAUGGAUAUAUUAUGGAUUUAGUGGUACAAUUGUAAAUUUCAUAGUAUGGAUUACACAUUUUUUUCCCAGUGUGAAGGGCAUAAAUGAAGAAUGAAGGGAGUCUUAUUAUAUUUUUCGACUUGUGUGUCACUGACGGUAAAAUUUUCAUUUUUCUCAGCCUCAAUUUGUUCCUAUUGGCUAUUUUGUUUAAUUUUUUGCCAAUUUCGGCCUCAGUGUUCUUAUUAAGAGUGUUCUUAUCAUAAAAGUGUAUUUGUAUCACCCAUUGGUAUAUGCUCAUGGUUCAAAUGUUUUGUUAACAACUGAAUCGAAUAUUAAAACCUGUCAAAACACAAUGCAAGUUCCACAGCGAAUUUGUAACGUUAUACACUUUAUAUUUGUGUUUAUCUUUACCUAAAAGAAACAUUUUUUUACUUUUAGCGGCAUUUAAGACUUAUAUGAAGUCCAAAAAGGCACAUGCUAAAAGAACACUUGAUGGAACUAAUGCGGCACAUGUGAAGAAAUGUUGUCGAUCCAACAGAAAAAGAGAGGUAACAAAUUAAAUGACAGUACAAUUUUAUGGUGCGUACAAAGAAUUAAAGCGUGGGUUCUGCAAUAUAAUUAAACUACCAUAUACAGGGAAGCGAAGUUAAGGCCCUGUCACACUAUUGGCGUAUCAUAUAGCGUAUGCCAGCGUAUGAAAAAUAUUACUUAUACACUGGAAAACGCUGACAUACGUUUGGGGUACGUUAGGAAUAUAGGUUGUAUACUUUUCAAGCACGGUCGCAUACGCUGGCAUACGGUGAGGCAGAAACUUUUUUUAAGCAUGCUUAAAAAUUUUGUGCGUAUUCGGACGUAUGGUUUAUUCGAUAAGCAUACUCUACGCACACGCUGAAUACACUAGAGGUACGCCAAAUGUACGGUACUCAUACGCUGGCAUUUCAAAGGAUUUUUGUGCGUAUAUGAAAAUUAUUUCAUUCAGUUUCAUACGCUUCUCAUACUUUCUCUCAUACGCAAUAGUGUGACAGGGCCUUUAACGAUCUGGACAUUUCACACCUUUAUUUACGUUUAAAAGUUGUAUUUUGCGGCUGUCGCUUCAAACUUCCUGGUAUAAUCCUAAAUUGUAAUUUGCAGUUCAAACAUUUUAACCAUUUGGAAACCAAACGUACAGCAAAGUGAAAAAGUGUCCUCGGUUAAAGAGAUGUUUAACCCAAAAUUUGAAAGUGGGAAUAAACAAUUAACCAAAGAAAAUUUUUCUUUUCGUAGAAAUUAGGAAGACGUCUGUCGAGUUUGAACAGUAAAGAUUGGACGCCUGAGCGAAAAGCGAAGGUAGCUGCUGUCCUUACUCUGGACUAUAUUUCCAGCGAGGAAAGUGAUGCGGACGAGGAAGGGAAAACUGUUUACACUGUUAAAACGUUGCCUUGGCAAAGUCAGAAUUUGAAGAAGAAGAAAAAGAGCCUGGACAAACACCAUAUGGAGUCUCUUCCAGCGUUG